CUUUGUAAUCCUAGUUUAAUAAAAAAAACUGCUAAGCUCAUAAGAAAAAAGAAAGAAAAAGUUAUCUAUGGCGUCAAUUGUCAACUUCCUUGUAAUCCUAGUUUAAUAAAAAAACUGCUAAGCUCAUAAGAAAAAAGAAAGAAAAAAAGGUCCCACCGAGAUUUGAACUCGGGUUACUGGAUUCAGAGUCCAAUGUCCUGACCACUAGACCAUGGGACCGGAGUUAUUUUAGGCAUCACAAAUAUAAUAAUUGGAUCUACCAAAUGGAAAAAAUAGUGAAAAUGACAAAACAAUAGUUUUUCUUAUCUCUUUCAAAAGUUGUCGUAAGGGUCCCACGUCAACCGCCUGAUUGGCAGAUUCCUUGUAGUCGAAAGAAUCUAUGCUCACUAAAAAUGUUUUUGGUGAAGUUGCGAAACCGGCGGUUAUGGAGAUGUGGCGGAGGGGCUUUAGCAGCAGCUUCAAGGCUGCCACGCAAGCACUAAAGGAGAAGAAAUGGGACGCAUUGGUGAUCGGCGGUGGGCAUAAUGGGUUGACAGCCGCGGCUUACUUGGCUCGUGGCGGCCUGUCCGUUGCCGUGCUCGAGCGACGCCACGUCAUCGGUGGGGCAGCCGUAACCGAAGAACUUAUUCCUGGGUUCAAAUUCUCUCGCUGUAGUUACCUCCAAAGCCUCCUCCGCCCCUCCGUUAUCAGAGAGCUAGAAUUAAAGAGGCAUGGCUUGAAGUUAUUGAAGCCGACGGCGACGACGUUUACGCCUUGUCUCGAUGGGCGUUACCUGCUAUUGGGACACGAUGAUCAACAUAAUUACUUGGAGAUAUCAAAGUUUUCAAAACGUGAUGCGGAUGCUUAUCCAAGAUAUGAAAACCAGCUAUAUAAAUUCUGUAAAUUGAUGGACUUUCUUUUGGAUUCACGGACUCCUGAAACCUUGCACUGGGAUUCAACCUUUACUGAUCGGCUGCGGGAUAAGUUAGAGAAAUCAGCGUUUUGGGUUCGCUGCCUGAGGCAUAUUUUGGAUUUGGGGCAAAAGGAUAUGGUAGACUUUGUUGACCUUUUAUUGUCCCCUACAUCAAAGGUUCUAAAUAAGUGGUUCGAGAGUAAUAUACUGAAGGCAGUGCUUGCUGGAGAUGCUAUUGUCGGAAGUAUGGCAAGUAUUCAUACUCCUGGGAGUGGAUAUGUUCUACUGCAUCAUGUGAUGGGUGAAACUGAUGGUGAUCGUAACAUAUGGUCGCAUGUUGAAGGCGGGAUGGGCUCCAUAUCCAUUGCCAUAAGUAAUGCUGCUAUUGAAGCUGGAGCUUCUAUCAUGACAAAUGCAGAAGUGUCACAGUUAAUGAUUGGAGAUUCUGGUACAGUAAAAGGGGUGUUGCUAGCUGAUGGGACAAGAGUACAUUCUUCAGUUGUUCUAUCAAAUGCAACCCCUCACAAGACCUUCCUGGGGUUGGUUCCUCAAGAUGUUCUCCCUGAAGAUUUUCUUCGUGCUAUCAAGUACUCUGACUAUAACUCUGGAACCACAAAAAUCAAUGUGGCUGUUGAUAAAUUGCCCCAGUUCCAUUGUUGCAGAUUAAAUAAUCCAGAAGUCGGUCCGCAGCAUACAGCUACUAUUCACAUUGGUUCUGCAAGCAUGGACGAUAUAGGAUCAGCUUGUCAAGAUGCUUGGAAUGGGUUACCUUCAAAACGGCCUGUUAUGGAGAUGACAAUUCCUUCUUCAUUGGACAAGACUGUUUCUCCACCUGGAAAGCAUGUGAUUAGCUUGUUCACGCAAUACACACCCUAUAAACCCUCUGAUGGUAGUUGGGAAAAUCAUACAUACCGAGAAUCAUAUGCACAGAGAUGCUUUAGCUUGAUUGAUGAAUAUGCCCCUGGCUUCAGCGCAUCAGUUAUUGGUUAUGACAUGCUCACACCACCUGAUCUUGAAAGGGAAUUUGGUCUAACGGGAGGAAACAUUUUUCACGGUGCUAUGGGAUUGGAUUCACUAUUCUUGAUGAGACCUGCAAAAGGAUGGUCAGAUUAUAGGACACCGGUAAGAGGACUAUAUCUGUGUGGAAGUGGAGCACAUCCUGGAGGCGGAGUGAUGGGUGCACCUGGACGUAAUGCUGCACGCAUUGUCCUCCAGGAUUUCAAGAAGCAGUUUUCUUAGGAAUUUUCUAGUAGCUUAGU